UAGGUCACACUUUUUAUUUUUUUUAUUCCAACCCAGUAGGUGGCACCAUGGAAGUUGUUGCCAACAACGGUUAACACCACUGAAGAAGAACAGCUGAAGUCAUCUUGUGGGUAGCGUUCUUCCUCCAGUCCAGGGUAAGGAGGUUGCUACCUGGCGGGUCUGUCUGUUAGUAUGUCGUCCAGGAGAGAACAGACUUCCAGGUCCCUUUUAGUCGGCCUGCUGGUUGUACUGCUCAGUGACGCCAUCUCCUUUGCACACGCUAGUAAGAGUUUUGAAGAUGUGCGCUGCAAGUGUAUCUGCCCACCCUACAGGAACAUCACCGGACACAUCUACAGCAGGAAUGUCUCCCAGAAAGAUUGUAAGUGCCUCCAUGUGGUGGAGCCCAUGCCAGUGCCGGGCCAUGAUGUGGAGGCCUACUGUCUGCUGUGUGAGUGCAAGUAUGAAGAACGCAGCAGCAACACCAUCAAGGUGACCAUCCUCAUCUACCUGUCAGUGGUGGGCUCCCUCCUCCUCUACAUGCUGUUCCUGCUGCUGGUUGACCCUCUGAUCCGUAAACAUGACCCCUAUAUCCAGCCCCUUCACAACGACGAGGACUCUGAGGACAUGCGGCCGCAGCCUGAGGGUGGCAGCGCUGCUCAGGGAGGCAGAAGUAACACCGUACUGGAGAGGGUCGAGGGGGCACAGCAGCGGUGGAAAAAGCAGGUUCAGGAACAGCGCAAGACUGUCUUUGACCGACACAAGAUGCUUAGUUAAACCCCAAUGGCUGGCUUCAGAUCAGAGGCUAGUCACCUCCUGAGCUUUGUCCACAUCUGCUGCUGUUAUACUGUCAUUAGCUACAUCGUUGUUGUUCAGGAUUUCAGUUCCUUUGCCAUUUCAAUACAUUCCCAGCACCUUUAGGACAGCUUAUGUACAGUAAUGCUGUUUGGAAUGAUGGCUGGCCCAAAUUGUCCUUUGUUUCCAAAAUGGUGGUUGCAGUCAUGACUCCAAAGCUAAAGAAUACCGAUGUGAUAGAUGUGUACCAAAUGAGGAGUAUAAGAAAACAGCAUAAUGCAAGUUGCAUCUUCAUCUCUGCGUCAUACACUGAGUGUACAAAACAUUAAGAAUACCUGCUCUUUCCAUGACACCGACUGACCAGGGGAAAGCUAUGAUCCCUUAUUGAUGUCACUUGUUAAAUCCACUUCAAUCAGUGUAGAUGAAGGGACGGAGACAGUUUUAAAGAAGGAUGAUUCAGCCUCGAGACAAUUGGGACAUCGAUUGUGUGUGUGCCAUUCAGACGGUGAAUUUGUGCCUUUAAACGGUGUAUGGUAGUAGGUGCCAGGCUCACCGGUUUGUGUCAAGAACUGCAACGCUGCUGGGUUUUUCCACACUUCACAGUUUCCCAAAGGGCAUCCACCCAACUUGACACAACUGUGGGAAUGGGAAGCAUCCCUGUGGAACGCUUUUAGGCUGUUCUGAGUGCAAGAAGGGGGUGGGGGGUGCAACUCAAUAUUAGGAAAGUGUUCCUAAUGUUUGUUAUACUCGGUGUAUACCGUUAAAUGAACCUGGAUAUAUUGCAAUGACUGUCGUAAAAAAAAAAAACGCUUGAAAAAAUAGGACUGAUUCAGAAUGUCUUAAUAUGCUUAAGCACCUUUUUAAAUAGAUAUAUAUUUUCAACCCUCAUUGUAGCAUUGUUGUGUUGUGAAGCUACCUCAGUACCUCAGGUUUUUAUUAAGCCUUGUGAUAAUGAUUCAUAGUUUUGCUGACUUUGUUUUGAGAGGCUCUGAAGUGGAGACUUGACUUUGUUGGAGCCUCUGAGGUAGCUGAAUGUGAAUGGCUUGGCUUGAAAACGCUCUUUUAUAAUGUAGUUAUUAAGUGUAGAAUCACUGGUUAAUGGUUUUUGGAAUUACUGGACUGCCAAAUGGCUUUGAAUGAUUCCAGAGGGGAAUAUUGCAGUCAGUUGGAUUGCUUCUCACAUUGUUAGCGAGGACUGAUGCUCUGCUGUGCGUGUGCAA